AUGCGCGGCAUUCUCCCUGGGCGGCCGCAGGCGAAGCUGCAAGCUGUCGCUCAUGGCCUGUGGGAGCAUAUCCAGAUCAUUGCCUACGUCUCCGGCAAUGCACUCAUCAUCCUCGAUCGACCGAACCACGUCCUCCAAACCAUCUACAUCGACGAAGAGUUAGGGCUCGAAGCCGUCGCACUAGACCAGGGAACAGGCAAAAUCGCAGCUUGUUCAACGCGAAACAUAUACCUAUAUCGGCCAUAUGGGCGGGAUGAGGGUGCCAUCAAGUGGUCGCUGCAAGGCAGCAUGGCCCUCCCAGACCCGGACGACUCGAUCACAACCCUCUCUUGGGGGCUGCCCGACGAAUUGCUCGCAGGCAGUGCCUCGCUCACGCUCUUCAACACGCACAGCGCAACCGAACAGUUAUGGACCAAGCAGCUAGCGAACCCGGUCAAGUUUGCCCACUUCUCGCCAGAUGGCGAGCUGAUUGCUUCGACUGGCAGAUACGACCGGCUACUGAAGAUAUGGCGGCGCACCUCGUAUGGUUCGGCCGAUCAGAGCUUCGAUUACUUCUACCUCCCACAUCCCAAAGCCAUAACAGGCCUGCAUUGGCGACACCCAUAUCAUAAGGAGCAGUCGGCGCAAAAUGUUCUCUAUACAAUAUGCGCCGACUACAAGGUACGCGUGUGGGUCCCCAGCGAACACCACGGCGUGGAUGGCAUGCACGUAUGGGCUGAGGUGGACCUCUUCGAGUCCAUCAUGGCACGGCAUGUACCCCUAGGGCAGCAGUCACAGAAGCGGUUUGCCUUCUUUAUCGACGGCAGGCACUUCACGCAUGCGACAGAAAGAGCCAUGCAGCAGGCGUCAGCAGAAGAAAAAGACCGCGGCAUUGCGUUACAUCACCUGAUUGAGGUUGCGAAUCGCAAUCCUGAGAUCUGCGUCGUGCUGGACGACCGGGGGAACAUGUCCGCGUGGGGCUUCGAGAAUGUUGGAGCUGGAGUGAAGAAGAUUACAGACGUUUUCAACAUUGCUCAUGUCGACGGCUUGCAUCUACACUUUGCCAAGGAACCGAAGGCUAUCGAGGACAACGUACAAUUCUACGCUUUCAUCGGCGACAAACCCGACUCUAAUUUCACCUUGUUAUCACAUCACUUCGAUGGGCGGAUAGAAUGGCUCGAGUCACGUAUCGACUACCUCUUCGAUCCUUCGCCUCAGUUGCAGCGUAUACAGCGUAAGGCUAUGUGGACCGGACACUCACACGCCAUAAAAAAAGUCAAUCGUACAGCCAGUGGGCGUGCACUAGUAUCAAGAACCGUUACAGACGAGUGUAUCAUCUGGCUUCAGCGUCCCAGUGAUCAGGGCAUGACGCUACAUCGACACAGCAGUGUUAAGGUGACCGAGCACAUCCACAGGACAGCGCUACUACAGGAAGGCAACUUCGUCGUCUUCCUACACCACAACGACAUCUCGCUCUGGGAUACACGAGGCCAUGAGGCCAAAGAGGUGGCACGUUGUGCUUACAAGCUGCAAGGCCGGCCACUAUGUUUGCUUGUUAUACCCGAAACGCAGGCAGGAGGUCGACGUGUACACAUUGCGACAAUCAGCUCUGAGAUGAAGGGCAUAUGUUGGGAGGUGACGCUUCCGCUACUAGAGCACGAUCCAGUCACCGGUCGCAAACUCUCUAGUAUUGAGAAAACCAAGGGAUACUCUAAUGGUCAUUUGGAGAUAUCGUUAGAGCAGUACUCUAGCUUUGAUCUUGGUUCAGGUGACGAUCUUGCUUUUGUCCUGCCUGUAGACCCGGCAGGCUCAGCACCGGUCAUUUCAGGCUUUCUCGACACCUUCGCGCGCGACAUCGCCAUCUCAUAUACUAAUUCAGGUGUCAUCAAGUCGUGGACUGCGCGCGUCAAUAUGGAGGAUCGGAGGCUAGAUUGGCUAUUGACCUCAGAAGUUGAUACAAGCGUGCAUAACCCUUCGCUGGCUAGCGGCACGUCGAUAAGGAAAGCCGCCCUGGUGGAUGCCGAGAAAACAACGUUGACUAUCUGGAAUACUCGAAGUGCGCAACUGGAGUACCAGGAAACUUUCAAGGGAAACGGAGUCAUCCAAGAUCUUGAUUGGUCGUCUACACCUGAUAAUCAAUCAAUACUCGCAGUUGGCUUCCCUCAUCGGGUCGUUAUUUAUGCCCAGCUCCGUUACGAUUACCUGAAUGCGGGCGAAUCCUGGGUGCCAAUUCGCGACAUUCGGAUACGAGACAUCACACCACACCCAAUUGGUGACUCUGUCUGGCUUGGGAGUGGGAACCUCAUCAUCGGUGCGGGUAACCAGCUCUUCAUCCAGGAUGAGAAUGUUGCAGUGACUGAAGGCUUGUUCCCCAGUUUAAGAAUGAUCUCGCGCAAGACAGCUUCGAUUGAUAUCUUUACGGCGGUCAGCCGUCUCAACGGUCCACUACCAGUGUACCACCCGCAAUUGCUAUCACAAUGCGUGCUGGCCGGAAGGCUCUUAUUAGUGCAACGGAUAUUGGUUCAGUUGUACCAAAAACUCAAGUUCUGGAUCGAGGGCGAGGAGCUGAAUAGUUCAUUGGGGUUCACUGCAGAGGACUUUUAUGAGUACAAUACGCACAUGGCCACCUCGAGGAAAGACAUGCACUCUUCAUAUGCGGACUUCACAGACGAUAGCGAGCCUCAUGCCGUAACCGAAGAGGUCGCUUCCAAUCUCAAAGAUCUGCUCACCACUAAGCAGAUACCCCUACUCUCAAGCCGCGAGCAAUUUCACCUCGCAGAUAUUGUUGAAUGUAUAGGUAUGGUAGAAAAGCAUCGCCGUUCAAUCGACGAUAAUGCAGGCCGCUUCCUACUUUUCUUCCGACAGCAUGCCCUGAGUGAGGUUUUGAAAGGGCCCAUUUCAUGGCGCGAGAUCAUCUGGGCCUUUCAUUCUGGAAGCCAGGAUAUCUUAGUCGAUAUCGUCAGCAGACACUUCAACGGCAAGAUGUUAUGGCAGCACGCUAAAGAGUGUGGUGUGUUCAUGUGGAUGACGGAUAUCAAUGCCCUACGCACCCAGUUCGAAGUCAUCGCUCGAAACGAGUACACCAAAACCGAAGAAAAGAACCCCGUCGAUUGUGCCCUCUUUUAUCUCGCACUUCGCAAAAAGGCUGUUCUCCUUGGCCUCUGGCGCAUGGCUACCUGGUCGAGGGAACAGGGUGCGACCCACCGCCUCUUGUCCAACAACUUUAAUGAGGAACGAUGGAAGACGGCUGCUCUCAAGAACGCGUAUGCGCUCAUGGGAAAGAGGCGGUUCGAAUACGCCGCUUCGUUCUUCCUACUAGCGGACCAUUUGCAGGAUGCUAUCAGCGUGCUGCACAACCAACUUGGCGACACUCAGCUCGCCAUUGCAGUUGCGCGUGUUUAUGGCGGUGAUGACUCGCUCGUACUACUUAGCUUCUUGAAGGAUAAGGUUCUGCCUCAGGCUGCCCGCGAUGGUAACCGAUGGAUGGCAACCUGGGCUUACUGGCUCCUUGGACGUCGCGACACGGCUGUUCGCGCUCUGGUCACCCCACUUUCGCGUCUCCUUAGUCCGCCCGAGACACCUAAUCUUCAGAGCAAAAGUUACUUGACAGACGACCCCGCGCUCGUCGUUCUUUACAAACAGCUCCGCGAGAAGAGUUUGCAAACACUACGAGGUGCAACUAUGAUCGGUAUGCGAGAAGAGUGGGAGUUCGUACUCCACACAGCCAGGUUAUACGAACGUAUGGGAUGCGACGUCCUUGCACUCGAUCUCGUGAAGACUUGGGAGUUCUUGCUCCCACCACCGCCAACCAAGGCAUUACCUGGACAUCCACCACUUAGCCCAAUGAUGCCACGGGAGUCGUUCCACGCUCACGGACCAAGACAGUCAGCAACAGACUUUGACUUUGAUCCACGCAAGCUGCUACGCCGGAGAAGCUCGCUAGUUGUCGCUGAUUUGCCGGUGCGAGAGCACAUCAAGAACGAACUUGCAGAGAGUAAAGGGACGCUAGAGGAGGAGGAGGAGGAUGAGGAGGGAAGCGGAGAAGAGGACGGAGUGGAGACUGCAAAGGAAGGUGAACAAAAGAAGCCAGGGAUGAUUGAGAAGAAGAAACCACCGCCCACCCAGUUCAAGGAGCCGGAUGCGAAUAGCUUGCUGGAUGCUUUUGGAUUCUAA